CGCCGCUGCUGCUGCCAUUGGGAGCCGAGCCGCGCCGCGCCGAGCCCAGGCAGCCGCCGGUCCCGCUCUUCCGCCAUCGCCAUGAGCUUCUUGUUUGGCAGUCGCUCUUCCAAAACCUUCAAACCAAAGAAGAACAUUCCCGAGGGGUCUCACCAGUACGAGCUGCUAAAACAUGCAGAGGCCACCCUGGGAAGCGGCAACCUCCGGAUGGCUGUGAUGCUUCCAGAGGGUGAAGACCUAAAUGAAUGGGUUGCAGUUAACACUGUCGACUUCUUCAACCAGAUCAACAUGCUCUAUGGAACCAUCACGGACUUCUGCACGGAGGAGAGCUGCCCCGUGAUGUCUGCUGGCCCAAAGUACGAGUACCACUGGGCAGAUGGCACCAACAUCAAGAAGCCCAUCAAGUGCUCCGCACCAAAGUACAUCGAUUACCUGAUGACCUGGGUCCAGGACCAGCUGGAUGACGAAACGCUGUUCCCUUCUAAAAUAGGCGUACCAUUCCCAAAGAACUUCAUGUCAGUGGCCAAGACAAUUCUCAAGCGUCUCUUCAGAGUUUACGCCCACAUCUACCACCAGCACUUCGACCCGGUGAUCCAGCUGCAGGAAGAGGCACACCUUAACACGUCUUUCAAGCACUUUAUAUUUUUUGUUCAGGAAUUCAACCUUAUUGAUAGAAGAGAACUUGCACCACUUCAAGAACUGAUUGAAAAACUCACCUCCAAGGACAGAUAAAAGGAAGAGGACUUCUUGAAGUCACUUGUUUCUUUAAGCGAGCGUUUGGUAUUUGUUUUUUGUUAAUUUGUUUUUUUUUUAAAAAAAACAAAACAACCCCCCUGUGCUGUUACCAGUGACAGCUAAGAUUUACUUUCUGUGCUUUUAUUAGGGAAAAUCUUUUCUCUGUUAGUGACAUGUGGUAAAUAGCUUUUUUUUUAUUAAUAUUAUUUUACUGUUGUUAUUCAUUGUGGAAUUUCUAGCAGGUGCUGAGUGUUUAUUAAGGAAACGUGCUUGACUGGGGGAUUGACUCUGCUGGUGGAUGGGUUCUUGUGUUGUGUCAGUGGUAGCCCAUUCUCAUGAAGUCCCUGGAAGACUUGCUUACAUUCUCUAAGUGCCUUGGCAGACUCACUUCUGAGGUGCAAAGCACAUACAAUACUGAACAUUGCUGGAAACAGAAAAUAUGUACUAACACCCAGACACUUACUGAAACUUGUUUUAAAAACAUUUAUCUAUGCUUACACUAGGAAAAAAAAAAAAAAAGCCAUAACUUGCUGAAAUCAAUGAUCUCCAGCUUUUAAUACAAAUACUUGUCUUAUUUUUUUUAGAGAUGAAUAUAGAAUUUUUCAAAACUAGAUUACUUCUUAUGAAGAAAAGCAAAGUUCUCGCUAAAGCAAAACGGCGAAGGUGGUGUCAAAAUUACACAGGCCUUGUGCUUAGCAAGCAGUUCCGUGCCUGCUGCCGUGGGACUUUGCAUAGUUGCUUUUAUUUUCUUAGCAGGAGAGCAUCAGUUGGGUCAGCCAGCUUGUUAAGUUCCCCUAGCAGUUGCCAAAUGAACAGGUAGUUUGCACAAAUACAAUUAGGGAAAAUAUUCCCUAGAAAAAAAAUUGCACUGGGACAGUAGUAAUAAUAAUAACAAAAACCUGGCUUGAAAAAUAACUGCUGGAAAGGUGUUUUUAAGUUAGGAAUGCAAAACCUGGCUCUGAGGAGGGGCUCUGGUGGCCUGUGUUUGCUGUUUGAGGAAAUGUAUCUUGGAGGGGAGCCAAUUUCAGGGGCUGCUUUGAAGUUGUGUUACUACGAUGGUGUUCUCCCCCUUUUAAAACCGCUGCCCAUCUUCAGGGAGCUCCAGCUGUUGGGAAAAGCAGCAGGAACAGGGGAGGCCAAGGUGAGCACGUGGCAGAGAAGCUGAGCUUCUGUUUUGUGCGCCUUGGCUCGAGUCAAGUUGGAGCUGGCGUGCAGGAGCCUGCAGGAGAGGUGAGUGAGAGGCCAUUGGCACAGCCAGCAGGGGACAGCUGAGCACAGAAGUGACUCAGCUGGGAGCUCCUGGGUUCCAGGGAGGGAUCCCGAUCUCCUGGCUUUUCCUGUGCCACCAUCCGCACGACAGCGCCAAAGCCACCCGUCUCCCAAAUUCCAACUGCUCGGUUUGGGCACAGAAGUGAGCGAGGCAGGAGCUCCCAGGUGCUAAGCAAGGGAUGCCUCCCGUUUCAGGGUGACUCCUUGGUUUGGUGUCAUGUGCCAGCAAGCAGCGGAAAGGAAAAAGGUGUAGAAAUGAGGAUUUGCUUGGACAUGGCAGUGCAGUGGUUCAUGUUCCUGGCACGCUUCUGCCCUAGGAGGGUUUAGUUCUUCUUCUUGUUGUUGCAGUUUUUUUUUUAUUUUGAACAGCCAAUUCUAGAAAUCCAGAGGCAUCUGCUGCAGUUCAGCCCAUCAGAAUUGGAAUGUAUAAAAAUGAGUCUUAGGUGGAUAGUGUGGGUUUUUUUUUUUUUUUUUAAUUCAAUAUCUGGCAAUAGAAAGUCUUUGACCAAAUAGUUUCUAGGCACGUAAUAAAAGCUUGGAGAUCAUGAUUUGCCUGACAGCUGUAGGAACACAUUGUUUAAUUACACAACACUUGAAAAUAACAUCAUUGAGGACGUGUUUGCAGUGGUGGGGAUUUAGGAUCCCCGUGCUGUUUCUUUUUGCAGCUUUUCAUUGUUGUUUUGCUUCUGAAAGCUGUGGGACCAGAAGAUGACGUGUGUUUACACUCUCGGAGUAAGGGCACAUGGAAAUGCCACCCAAUGGAAUCUGGAUCGAGUGAAUGUGUU